AUAAGGCCGCACCGCGCUGUGAUUCGACUGAAGAAAGAAAAACUGGUGCAGUAACUGUUAUAAAGAUGGCGUUCAUUAAGGAGGAGUUUGAAGACGUGAAGAUUGAAGAAGUGUUCAGUCUGAAACAAGAAGAUGCUGAGGAACAAACAGACCUGAUGCCACUGAAAGAGGAGAGUCAAGAUCUCAAUGAUAUGGAAGAAGAAUAUCAAUAUGAGAAACCUCAUCAGUUCAUGACUGGAGAAAAAGAUUUUAGCGACUCAAAGAUUGAAAGGACGUCCUCACAAAACGAAGGAACUAGAAACAUUACAGGCCACAUGAACGUUCAAUCUGGAAAGAGCCCUUUCACUUGCCAACAGUGUGGAAGAAGUUUCAUUCACAAAAAAACUCUUAACAGGCACAUGAAAAUUCACACCGGAGUUAAGCUUUUCACUUGCCAACAGUGUGGAAGAAGUUUCAAUCACAAAAAAACUCUUAACAGGCACAUGAAAAUUCACACCGGAGUGAAGCCUUUCGCCUGCCAACAGUGUGAAAAGAGAUUCUCCGACAGAAGAAACCUUGAUGCCCACAUGAGUGUUCACACUGGAGAGAGACCUUUCUCCUGCUCUCAGUGUGGAAAGAGUUUUACACAGAAAAAACACCUUAAUGCCCACAUGAGUAUUCACACUAGACGGUGCCCAUACACCUGCAAACUGUGUGGGAAGAGUUUCUCACAAAAAGGAAAUCUUAAAACUCACAUGAGAACUCACACUGGAGAGAGACCUUUCUCCUGCUCUCAGUGUGAAAAGAGUUACACACACAAAAAAAACCUUAAUGUCCACAUGCAAUAUCAUACUAUUAGAUUUAAAGAAAACCUUAACCAUUCUAUUCACACAAGAGUGAACGGUUUUAUAUGUCAUCAGUGUAGAAGGAGCUUUGAAGACAGGAUAUGCCUUAAGAAUCAUGUAAAAACUCACGCUGGAGAGAAGCCUUUCAUGUGCGAUCACUGUGGAAAGACUUCCGCAAACAAAGCAAAUCUUGAGAAUCAUGUAAGAGUUCACACUGGAGAGAAGCCAUUCAUCUGCCCUCAGUGUGGAAAGAGUUUCCCGUACAAAGGAAACCUGAAGAUUCACAUAAGAGCUCACACUGGAGAGAGGCCUUACAAGUGUCUUCAGUGUGAGAAGACUUUCAUGUAUCACUCAGGCCUGAAACAUCAUUUACAGACUUAUGCACGCCGCAAGCGUGAGCUUCACGUCAGCGUCACUGCAGCUGCAGACUUGUGAGAGUAUUCACAACGGAAGAGUUUGUACAGCGUCACAGCAGCGGCUCCAAAGCUGCAUAUUUCUUUACAAGGACAGCUAUACAUUUGUUUUUAGAAGUUGAUUUACAAAACUGAGCCAUAUGCAUUCAUUCUGAACAACAUCAGUUCAGUUGUGAUCAGUAUAACAUUUUUUUCUUUUGCCGUCACACUUAACAGAUGCAUAUGAAAAGACAUAUAAAUUGUGUUCUUUGUGAAAUAGUAAAGCAAAAGAAAAUAUAUACGUGUGUGUGUGAAAUUAAGGCUCUGUUCACACCACAGCUGAAUGUGAGCUACAUCUGAUUGUCCACUUUGUCCACUUCUUCAACUAAUUUUUGUUAGAAAUAAA